AUGGCUGCGGCACCUGCCGUAGUGCAGGCAGCGGCCCCUUCAUCUCUAACCCUGCAACCACGCUGGAAACGUGUAGUUGGUUGCUCUGGCCCUGUACCCCGGCCUCGACAUGGUCAUCGAGCUGCAUGUAUUAAAGAACUUAUCGUAGUUUUCGGUGGUGGCAACGAAGGCAUCGUGGAUGAACUACAUGUAUAUAACACAGCAACCAAUCAAUGGUUUAUCCCUGCUGUUCGAGGAGACAUUCCUCCAGGCUGUGCAGCCUAUGGCUUUGUCUGUGAUGGAACUCGCCUUUUGGUCUUUGGUGGGAUGGUGGAGUAUGGAAAGUAUAGCAGUGAUCUCUAUGAAUUACAGGCAAGCAAGUGGGAAUGGAAAAGGCUCAAAGAGAAAACACCUAAGAAUGGACCUCCUCCCUGUCCCCGGCUAGGACAUAGCUUCUCUCUUGUGGGAAACAAGUGUUACCUCUUUGGGGGUCUGGCCAAUGACAGUGAAGAUCCCAAGAAUAACAUUCCAAGGUAUCUGAAUGAUCUCUACAUCCCAGAGUUAUGUCCAGGUUCAGGUGUGGUGGCUUGGGAUAUUCCUGUUACCUAUGGAAUCUUGCCCCCACCCAGAGAGUCCCACACAGCUGUAGUUUACACAGAAAACGACAAGAAGAAAUCCAAGCUGGUGAUUUAUGGGGGAAUGAGUGGCUGCAGGCUGGGUGAUCUCUGGACCUUAGAUAUUGGUAAGGUGCUUAAGAAUGGAACAGUAUGUAAGUUGACUAAAGUAUUCUAUAUAGAGGCUGCCAUCUGGGACUCUUGGAACUUACUGAGUGAGGCUUACACUGGAAGUGUGUUAUCUCAGUUGUGCUUUUCAAACAGUUGUUGACAAAGUGAGAGUACUGGG